CUUCCUGAGGGCAAUGAAGCACAAUGAAGCAAAGCACUGGGUCGGAGUUCUGGGCUGGCUCAAAAGGCACCACUGACAUGGCCAACAGGACAAACUCCUCCGAGUACUUCUGGUCUUACGAAUAUUACUGGGAUUACAUAGAUCCAAUUCCAGUAGAUGGAAGCAAGUUGAAGGUUAAUAAAUACUCCAUCGUCAUCGCCUUCUGGGUCGGCCUCGCCGCCUUCGUGACGUUCCUUUUCCUGAUUCUGCUGUGCAUGUCCUGCUCUGGAUCAACACCAGCCAACACGACCACGAACGGCAGCGCUGGCUCGGGCAGGAGCUCAUUAGGCAGUGACUGCGCUCGCGCUAAUUGACGGGCACGAGAGCGCCCGGGGCGGAUCCUGGUGCCAGGACGGAGCGCUCGCCAGGGAUAUGUGUUGGAAUCACUGUGCGAUCCCCGCGGUUUGAAGUCUGGGAAUGCUGCGGGACGUGCUCAAGGCGUCAGUGAUGUUUUUUUUAAAGAAAGCCACCAAGGAGUGGUGGAAGAAAACAGUAAACAAUAUUGCCUACUUAC